UCUCUGUCUGUUAAGAAAUGAACAGCAUUAUGCUCUCGUUAUCCUCUCUCUCUCUCUCAGACACUCCUUCUCAGUGUCAGUCGGUAGUUGAGUAAAUUGACGCAACUGACUUUCUCUCUCAAUUCUUUCUUUUCCAGCUCAUAAUCACUGCUGUCUUCAUUUUUUCUUCUGGAUCUGUAAAUUGAAUUCCCAUUGCGUGAAUCUUUGACUAAAGAAUGGUGUUUUUAAUGCUGUUGCAACACAGUUUGAGUCCUUUAAAACCCUCUAGUUCCAAUGCCUCCGGUUAAUGCAGUUUCAACAUUGCAACAAUCUGAGGUUUCGCCUCUCAAGUUCAGCAUUAUUGACAAAAUCCGUACAAAACCAAGAAAUUUUCCGAAAAAGAGAACAAAACCUUUCUGGGAUUCUCAGAAUGUUUCGAGAGUAACUGCGGUACCUGCAGCAAUUUUACAUUCAUGUCCCAGUGGAUUGCGUCAUGAAACUCUGCUCUAACCAUACAUUUCUUCCUUUCUUCUUUGUCACCUUGAGUCUUUUUCCUCUUGCACUCAGUGACUUGAACUCCGAUAAACAAGCCCUUCUAGCAUUUGCUGCUGCUGUGCCACAUGGUAGGAGGCUUGACUGGAAUCCUGCUACCCCAGUCUGCAAUUCUUGGAUUGGAGUCACUUGUACCCCGGGUUAUAACAAUGUGAUUAAUCUGCGACUUCCUGGCAUUGGACUUGCAGGUCCAAUUCCGGCCAACACCCUCGGAAAGUUGGAUGCUUUGAGGAUUCUCAGUCUUCGCUCCAAUCUCCUUAGCGGUAAUCUGCCUCGUGAUAUUCUAUCACUUCCCUCUCUCCGUUUGCUCUUCCUCCAACAUAAUAACUUCUCUGGUGAUAUUCCAGCAACCUUUCCCCCUCAACUUACUGUCUUGGAUCUCUCAUUCAAUUCAUUUCAGGGAAAAAUUCCACAAACAAUUCAGAAUUUGACUCAACUUACUACUUUGAGCCUUCAGAACAAUUCUCUUUCUGGAUCAACUCCCAAUCUAUCCCCACAACUCAAACGUUUGAACAUAAGCAACAACCAUCUUAAUGGCUCUAUUCCUUCGUCUCUACAGAAGUUCCCAAAUUCUUCAUUCACUGGUAAUUCCUUAUGUGGGCCACCACUAGAUUCUUGUUCACCUUCUCUUCCGCCUGCUUCUUCCCCGAGCAUUUUUUCACCUCCCUCAAAUGUCCCUCAGAAGCGAAGUUCUAAGAAAAAACUUGCUUUAGGAGCUAUUAUUGCUAUUGCAGUUGGAGGGACUGUAGUGCUAUUUCUUUUAGCACUAGUUUUAUUCCUGCGCUACUUUAAGAGAAAGCAAAGUGAGGACAGUCCGGUGCCAAAAGUUAAGCCUUCUCGUGGUGGGAGUCGAGAAAAACCAAGCGAGGAGUUUGGCAGUGGGGUGCAAGAACCCGAGAAGAACAAGUUGAUAUUCUUUGAGGGCUGUUCUUUCAACUUUGAUCUCGAGGACUUGUUACGGGCCUCUGCUGAAGUCCUUGGAAAGGGUAGUUUUGGGACAGCAUAUAAGGCAGUCUUAGAGGAGGCGACAACAGUGGUCGUGAAAAGGUUGAAAGAGGUAAUUGUGGGGAAGAAGGACUUCGAACAGCAGAUGGAAAUAAUCGGGAGUGUGGGCCGGCAUCCCAAUGUUGUACCUUUACGGGCUUAUUACUACUCCAAGGAUGAGAAGCUCCUAGUCUAUGACUAUUUUUCAAAUGGCAGCCUGGCAACUCUCUUGCACGGAAACAAGGUCGCCGGGAAAACACCUCUAGAUUGGGCUACAAGAGUCAAAAUAUCCCUAGGAGCAGCAAGGGGCAUUGCUCAUACCCAUUCUGCAGGUGGUGCUAAAUUUACUCAUGGAAACAUCAAGGCAUCGAACGUCCUCGUGAAUCAAGAUCUAGAUGGUUGUGUAUCUGAUCUCGGGUUAGCCCCUCUCAUGAACACUCCUGCCACUUCAUCUCGACAGGCAGGAUACCGUGCUCCUGAGGUAAUCGAAACUCGGAAACAUACUCACAAAUCAGAUGUGUAUAGCUUUGGUGUCGUACUACUUGAAAUGCUUACUGGAAAACAACCUAUUCAAUCACCGGGACGAGAUGAUAUUGUCGAUCUUCCGAGAUGGGUUCAGUCAGUUGUCAGGGAAGAAUGGACGGCUGAAGUUUUCGACGUUGAGUUAAUGAGGUUCCAAAACUCCGAAGAAGAGAUGGUGCAGAUGCUGCAAAUCGCCAUGGCAUGUGUUGCAAAGGUUCCGGACAUGCGACCAAACAUGGACGAAGUCAUUAAAAUGAUCGAAGAAGUCCGACUAUCCGACUCAGAGAAUCGACCAUCUUCAGAAGAGAAUAAAUCCAAGGACUCCAAUGUGCAGACCCCUUGAUUCUUUUCUAAUCAUUAUUCACUUAUUUCUACUUGACCUUUUCUUUUCUUUUUCAAAUUCUGAUAAAUCAGCUGAUUCAAAACCCUGUUUGAACAUACAUUCAUGCUUGUAUGGCUAGUGAGAGUGAAUUUGUCCA